AUGGGCAUCCUCUCAAAUCUUCUAGCACAAUAUUCUGGCGGAGAUGACAAGGCCAAGGCCGACUCAGCGAACCCGGCGGUGCCACAGUCACAACAACAACCUAUCUCACAAACCAUCAGCCAACUCCCGAGCCAAAGUCCGAAACAGAAUAGCCUCCUCUCAAUUGAUGAUGAGCUCCGGGANAAGAUGCGCACCAACCCGCGAGCACGCGCCGUCAGACAGUUGUCACUUUUCUUCGCCGGCGCCACCUUCUUUGGAUUGAGUCUGCUUGUCACGCGUAGAGCCGUCGCCCGGAAAUUGCUCGCCGAUGCUCCCAGGCAGUUUACGCCUUCGAACUAUCAGCCCAAGAAUGUCAAUGGUGGUGUCGAAGCUGCUCAGGCCUUUGUUCUCGCUACUGCAAAUGUCACUAGUGCAGCUAUGAUGGGUACUGGAUUCAUGAUGUACGCUCUGGACGUCACCGAUACCGAAGACAUGCGCACCAAGUUCAGAAAAGCCUGGGGCUUUGAACGAACAGCUUUGGAAGAGGCUGAACAAGACGAGGAGAUGGAGAACAUGGUCAAGGAGUUCCUGGAGAAGAAAGAAGGUGGCGACAACAAGGGCAUGGCUGAAGGUCUUGCUGGUCUUGUGGCUGCCAUGGCAGCAAAGGAGGAAGAGAGACUUGCCAAACUUCAGAAACCCAAGGAUGGUCUGGAGAACUGA